AGCAGUCGUAGUGAUUCAGUCGCAGCAGCGUGGGUCAACUCGCCGACCAGGGGAUUGAACUUGAUGACGCCUACCACUGUCUCCGAGCAUCGUUGCCAUGAGCGGUGGACCACAAUCGCCCUCGCCGGCUAGGAGGACCAGAGCUGCUGCACAGUCUUCUCCGCUCGAGUGCGAGUCUGCUCGCGAACCCGCUCGAUCGACGGUCUGUUCGAGCGUCGUCGCUCUGAGUAGUCGGCCGAAAUCACCUACGUCUGUUGGAAGGACCAAAGAUGCCCUGGAGCACGAAAUCGCCCCAGAAUUUGCUCCUCUGGCGGGUUCUACGAGCAUGUUCGCUCCUACGAAAGUGCGCAACCGUGGUAAAGACGAUCUUGCGAGAUACGCCGAACCUCUGCAACCCAAUGGUCUCCUCCCUACGUUCAACGCCAGUCCAGCUUCAUCCCCAUCGAAAGGUGCUUCGGACUCACACAACGGCAGACUAGCAUUAGCUAGCGGCAGUACAUCUUCCCCUACGAGUUUGGGUAAACGACAUCCGAGCGUUGAACCCAUUGAACCCCAAAGGUUCAGACCACGACCAAAGACGAAUGUGCGCAGCCGACCUCUGAUUGAAUUUGAGCUCGAUCCGGUGAUGCAAUGGUCCCUGGCGGUCCCUCCCGUCGAACCCGUCACGGUCUCGCCCUCCGUGACGCCCGAGCCGCCUGUCGAUAGAUGGAGCGGAGGGAGAACACUUCGAGGGAAACAAACGGUACGAGAACGAGAUGACGAAGAUGCCCCGGUUCAAACGAAGCGACCUGCACCGAAGAAGCGUAAAGUACAACCACCCGUAGCUGCCCCAGCGCCUGCAGCGAUGGUACAACCGGUCGUCUUCCCCGCGGUCGACGAGUUCCCCAUGUCUCUGCCUUCGACUUCGAGGAUGAGGGAGAGACAGGCAGAGAAGGAGCGUUGUGAUGCGAUGAUCACUCCGGAAGCGAGGGCGUUAUUAAAUGGGUAUGGGAUGGAAACGCAGAUGGAUCCGGGGAUGGCGCACGAGGAGGUGGUGGAUAUGGAACCCGCAGAGAAACCGCAACUACAACUCGAAGGCGCAAAGGCUAUGGCAUAUUGCAGAAAAUUCAUCAGCAAGAAUGAAAAGUGCUCACACUGCAGGGAGCCUCUACCCGACAGCCCUACAGCGUUCCUGAUCGAUUUCGGUGCCAAAAUAGCCGAAGCGAAGCGAAAGGCUGGGUCUGAUCUUCAGUGGGACCAGUAUAUCGACUAUUGCGCCAGACAUCAAGCGGAGACCGUCGUAUUCCCUCUCGGCCUGCUUGCCGGAUACCCCGCUACGGUCGACUUCCGGUCUCUACAUGACCGCGUCCUCGAAGAUAGUAUUGUCAAGGCCAUCUUGACCAUCAUGGACCAUCCUCGAGACCAUCCCAGCUUUAUGCAAUGUGAAAGAGAGAUCAAGAGGGACCCGCGAUGGGCUUCUUCCAGGUCGCCUCAAAAGUCCUUGACAAAGUUGCCUGGAUACUACGGACCACGCGGUACACGGGCCAUAUCCAUCGCUCUCGACAAGCACACGCAGAGCCGGGCGAUCCUUCCGCCGCCUGACCAUAUCUCACCGCUUUCCCGCGAUGACUGGUUUGAACACGUCAUGGUCCCCGAAGUCGGACGCUUGCUGAUCGAACAAGACAUGUACGGCGGCAAACCGACGGCUUGGCAUGUCGAUCAACCGGUCUCGAAAGAGGUAGAGGAUCGACGGGAGAUGUCCUGGAAAGUCCUCGUGGAGAGCAGGACGUACGGAAGCUUGCGAUUUGGGGAGAAUGGGGAUUUCGAUAAAAGUGACCUGAAGUGGGCAGAGGAAAAUAGACGAGCGAUGAUGAAGCAGAAACCAACACGAUCGAUAGAGCACGUAGAUUUGACUUGAUUCUUUACGGCACGACAUGCGACGACGACACAAUAGCUAAUGAUACAUUUACGAGAUACAAUACGACAGUUCUGUAAUUAACUUUGGAUUAUUUAUGUAGCGGGGUUUCCGAUGUCAUCGAGUAGUCGAGAAGCGGGGUAUUAAAUCGCGAUCGACUACCACUCGAAUUCACUGCGAUCAA